GAGCGGCCCCACCCUCCACAACCAGGAAGAGAAGCGACGCCUGCCUCUACGGAUAAAUAAACUAGCAUCUGCCGUCCUAUUGCGUGUCAUCCACAGAUGUCAUCACACAAAUUCCACAGACUUGAACAAGUGAUGGUGCUUAGAUUUCAAGUGGACAAGAGUUGAGCGUGGGCGGCAGAAGCUGUCAUCAGCACCGGACGACGGAGGACUCGUGGAUGUCCAGCUCGAAGAAAGGCCAUAUAUUUGAACAAAGUCCUGCGAAUACACCAGGGAUGUGGGUGGCGAUCUUUCACAUCGGUCGGAUUCCACUCUCUUAAGGGACGAUAAUGUACGGACGUGGAUAUAAGGUGUUCACCACCUUGGUGUUUUUCCUUCAUAAUGGAAGGGUGGAGCAAGAAACACAGUUGUUAUAUAGUACUGUAAGUCCAGUUAUACAUGUUAGCCUAGCUCACUAGCCCUUAGUUCUUAACCGUUACAUCGAAUUAGUGGGCUGAGUUCGCCAGGCAACUCAGCCCACUAAUUUAAAAAGGUACACACGACAUUCAGGUUCGUUGACUUACUCGCGUUAGCUACGCGGAUAUAUUUGUUCCGUGACAGGUUUUUACCAGCGCACCAACCCCUUUUCCUCCCCUUUCGUCAUUGGAUUAUGUAUUUUGCUGUUGCUUUGUCAGAGCUAGCCUUUUAGCUAAGCAACUAGCUAGACACAAGAAGUCGCUAAAUCCCAUCGCAAAGACCUUAGAAAAAAACAAAUUAGACUGUUAAGCGAGCGACAAACAUGGCCCAAGAAGAGUUUCCUUUGCAUUUCCUGGUGUGGAACAAUCAGUAUCAGCAGCUCGACCAGGAGAUGCAAAAGGCAGAGCAGGACCUGGAGCGAGCGGAUCCAAGGGGGCGCACCCCUUUGGAGCUCGCAGUGUCCCUGGGCCACCUGGAGUCCACCCGAGUGCUGCUCAGAUACACGGCAGACCCAACACACUGCAACGCACAAGGGUGGACGAUCUUGCAGGAGGCAGUGAGCACUGGGGAUCCUGAGCUGGUUCAACUGGUGCUUCAGUACCGAGACUUCAAACGGGCAACUGAGCGGCUGGCAGGCAUCCCAGAGCUGCUGAGCAAACUAAGACAGGCGCGAGACUUCUAUGUGGAGAUGAAAUGGGAGUUCACCAGUUGGGUGCCUUUGGUGUCCAAGGUGUGCCCAAGUGAUGUGUAUCGGGUGUGGAAGAGUGGCUCGUGUCUCCGCGUCGACACAACCCUUCUGGGUUUUGAACACAUGACCUGGCUGAAAGGGCGGCGCAGCUACAUCUUUAAGGGUGGAGACAAUGGAGCCGUGGUCAUGGAGGUGGACCAUGAGAAGCAGGUGGUGUACACGGAGCCACUUGUCUUGUCUCCACGUGAUGCGCCGUCCCUGCUCGCCGCCAUGCAGCCUUCGCAAGAGAACACUGCCCAAAGACUCACAUCGCCGAUCGUCUCCACACACCUCAACACACGCAACAUUGCCUUUGAGCGGAACAAGUCUGGGAUUUGGGGCUGGCGUUCUGAGAAGAGUGAAAUGGUCAGUGGAUAUGAAGCCAAGGUUUACAGUGCGACCAAUGUGGAGCUGGUAACUCGGUCAAGAACGGAGCAUCUGUCAGACCAGGAUAAAUCCCGGAGCAAAGGGUCCAAAACUCCUCUGCAGUCCUUCUUGGGAAUAGCUGAACAGCACACAGCUUACAAUGGGAGUAACGUGUCCCAGUGCGCAAGUCCACACAACCCCACGGCCAUCACGGCUGAAGAAUACUUCAAUCCAGAGUUCAACCUCAACGGCCGAGACAUUGGCCGUCCCAUCGAGCUCACCAGCAAAGUACAGAGGUUCAAGGCAAAUCUGUGGUUGAGUGAGACUCAUCCUUUGUCGCUGGCCGAACAGGUGACUCCCAUCAUAGAUCUCAUGGCGAUCUCCAACGCUCACUUUGCUAAGUUGCGCGACUUCAUCACCUUACGCUUGCCUCCAGGUUUUCCAGUCAAAAUCGAGAUUCCGCUGUUUCACGUGCUGAAUGCCAGAGUGACCUUCAGUAACUUGUGCGGCUGUGACGAGCCAGUGAGCUCGGUGACAGUUCACAAACCAGAGAGCUCGGAAGAAACCGGGCAGUCGGCCGCUCCCUUCCACUGCGAGGUGAACCCUUCGGUGUUUGAGCCCCCAGCAGACUACACCACGCUUGGACCGGGGCGCAGUGAGCCAAUGAGAGAUGAGGAUGACAACCUGCUGCAGUUUGCCAUCCAGCAGAGCCUUUUGGACGCUGGCACAGAGAGUGACCAGGUGACCAUCUGGGAGGCCCUGACCAACAGUCGUCCAGGACCUCAGUCGCCUCUCUAUGAGGAAGAUCCUCAGCUUGAGAGGGCCAUUCAGGAGUCUUUGUGCAGCUCGUUGGCUAGCAGAGGAGGAGGAGUUGACGCACAGGACCCCAGCCAGUCCCCACCAGACUCCCCGUUGAACCCCACCACCAAUUAUCCUCUCUCUUACAACACAGUGACCGAGCCGCCGUUAUCAGGGCACUUUGGUGGGGCGAGCAGCUUCGAUGAGCAGCUGCGCAUGGCCAUGGAGCUGUCAUGCCGUGAGCAGGAGGAGAUCGACAGGAAGCGUAAAGAGGAAGAGGAGGAGCUCGAGAGGAUCCUGCAACUAUCACUCACCGAGAAGUAAUGUCACUUGAAUGGACAAGAGGGACACAAACUCCUAAUUUAUUCUGUUUUUCUUUUUAUUUUGGAACCCGCAGAUGCUAAGUUAUUAGAGACAUUUUAUUUAUUUCUUCAUCUGAUUAGCCUCCCUAAAAAGUAUGACAAAAAAGAAUGCUUGACAAAAUGUGCAGACUAGCACUCUGAUUCACAUGACAAUGAAGGAAGAGAUGAAAAGGUUUUUUAAAUUAUAUAUUUUGCUGAGUCUUUGUGUCUUUAAAGAGUGAUGGACGGUCUACAUUCUUUAAACCUAUAACAUGAUCCAUGGUACCGAUGAAGAGACCCAUAAUAAAACGUAUACAAAUAUUAGAACAUUUGACUUGCUUGUGUUAGUGUGAAAAUUAAAUUAUGAAAUAAUU